ACAGACACGUGUCUACAAAGCGGACACGGCGCGAGUCACAUACGCACGGCACACUGCAUUGGUACAAUCUGUCAACAAAGCCAAAACUAUAAACAAUCGCGUUGUUUCCCGCAAGAUUAUGCGAGCAAAAAAUUUUAAUUUUUGGAAUGGAUUCUUGAGUUGUUGAAAUACGUAACCAUGGAUAAGCCAGGUGGUUUGUGCCGUUGUUCUAAAAGCAAGAGCAAGUGUGUGGCCUGUAAACCUGGGCAGGUCCUUGAUCUCGACGCAGCCCUGCUUGAGCUUGAUGCCCUCAACGGGGCAACAAAUAAGCAAGAAAACAACCAGAAAACUAGGAGACAUAAUGAACCUAAAAUUUGCUUUGAGCAAAGUCCACCUAUGUGGAUCAAUAACCCUACCUCAAUUAGUUCUAAUAAUGUUGUGCCUGCAUUUCCGCUAAGAGUGGAUACAGAGUACGUGAAAGAUCCACCUCAACAACCACCAAACUCUCCUGUAUCACCUCAGUUGCCUUAUGAGCAAUUCAGGAUUAGGGAAGAUCCUCUACCUCUGAGAUGUGAAUGGGAUAACCGAGUGGGAGGCCGCCGGAUUAGCAUGAAAGGCAGACAGCGCAUGCUUUCAGGACCAGAUAGUAGCAGUAGCCAGCACAACGACCGGUACUCUGAGCGAAUGAGAGAUCGAAACAGUUGGCGACCCUAUCGUAUCCCUCGACCCAAGCUGUUAAACAUGGGCCAUUGUUCCAGAAUACGGACCAUCAGUGCUUACUUGCAGGAAGAAUCCGAUGUUAGAUUACCCCCUAUCAUAGAUACUAGUCCGGUUGCGGCGACAAGCGAGCCGAGAAUGAGAGACAUGAGCGACGCUCUGCGGUGCAUGGCCAUUGGGGAGGGCUUUUCCAAAGCUUUAGAUCAUUCUGAAUGUAAUAUGAAUUUUCCACGUUCACGUUCAGCGGAGAACCUGGAACGCCGAGUGAUGGAUGUGGCGGCCACCACUCUAGAUGUCGUCUCAGAGAAAAUCGAAAAGCUUCAUGUCAAUUAAAGUGGUAGCCUAUCUUUUCGUCCAAACCAGCCGCCCUAAAAAUCUCUGUAUUUUUAUUUAAUUUUGUUUUUCUUCCUCCAUUCUCUUGUUUCGGCAUCUGCUGCUCAAAGUGAUUUUGCUAGGAAAUAAUCUUCUUUUUUUUUUUUUGGUUUUCAAAAACUGCCACACAAAAAAAAAAAAAAAGGAAAAACAACAAAAUAUUGCCAUUUAAAUCUAACAACAUCGACCUUUUUCUCUUCGAAAAGUUACCUGAAUUUUUUUCUUGCAAAAGAAUAACGGGAGGCGUAACAAGUAUUUCUGCUGGCUUUAUUGUCAAACGUGAUUACGUGGCUAAUGUGUACCAGCGAACAUGUGCAUUCCAUUCAUCAUUUCUAUUUUUUUUUAUUUUUUUUGGGUUAAUGGAAGCUCAUUCUUUGCUCACAUAAUCGGCGCCAUUUUCUUUCCUUUUUUCUUUUCCCCUUCAAAAUUGCUUCACUCUUUUCUCACCCCCUAAAAAAAGAGAGAAGCCAUUUAACAUUGUGGGGGCAGGGGGAAAAGAUGUGACGAAGCAAACGCCGUCUUUCAAUCGAUCCCCUUUCCUUGUAAAAGAAUUGUGGGAAUGACGUAAUACAGUUUCGACAUGUUUCCUCUUA